UAGCACUAAACACAUAGAAACUUUGGUCUUACUUAUUUAAUUGUUUAAUUUUAAAUUACCAAUUAUUUGCAUUAUAUUUUAUGCAUAAAGUAUAAGUAUAGUGGUGAUCUACCUGCAGUAGUGUUAUCUCCUUCGCACUUUCACUUUAAACAACUUUAAAUUACAUCAUCAAUGGACACUAUACAGCAGUCAUUGGAGCAGAUGAUGGAGCACUUUAAUACAAGGAUGGCAGCCUUCCAGGAUAACCUUGAGAAAGCCAGUGGUGCUCCAGUUACCUUGGCUUCACUUGCUGCAGAUUUCUCUAAUUUUAAGUCCUUGAUCGGAGACUCAUUGAUUAAUCUCCAACAUCAAGUUCAAGUUUUGGCACAACAGCAAGAUCAUCUUGAAAUGCACAGUCGGCGCAAGAUAUUGUUGAUUCAUGGGAUUCGUGAAGACUGUGACGCUAAUUUGACUCUUCAAGUAACUAAGUUGUUUGCUGAGAAACUUAAAGUAUCCAUCUCACUAGACAAUAUAAGUAGAAUACAUCGUAUGGGCCGUGUAACCGGAGGGAAACCUCGUCCCAUCCUUGUUAAAUUUCGCAGCAUUGAGGUGCGCAAUAAAGUGUGGACAGCGAAAACUGGGUUUAAAAGUAGUGGUAUCACAUUGUCUGAAUUCCUCACUAAAGUCAGACAUGAGGCUUUUAUGAAUGCGCGGAAACACUUUGGUAUAUCUAAGUGCUGGACACAAAAUGGAGCUGUGCUGAUCAUCGGAACUGACGGUAAAAAACAUCAAGUCAGUUCAGGUGCCGACCUAAACCGGCUCAUUAAUUUGUCUCAGAGUGUUGUGUGUGAUAAUACGACGCUGCCUACAACUUCCCAGCUCGUCACCGCCCAGAAGACAUCCGAUAUGGCAGCUGUAACGCGAUCUAAGCGCAUUUUGAAGAAAUAAUCUGUUCCUCGGCAAACUGUUGUAGUGGUUGUGGUGGCGGUAUUAUUUACGUAGGGUUUGUUCUAUAUUUUACCAAAUUCAGUGGGUAGGUAAAUUUAACUAAUG